UGCUACUAUGCUAAGCGCUAGCUGAGAAGCUACUUUCUGUAGCUCUGCUUGUUGUUGUCACCUGAGGAGACACUAACUAAACAUACCAAUCUUAACUAACUUAUCUAAGGCGUUCAUAUUCUCCGGAGCGUCUGAGUGUCCGUGUAGGGCCGUAGUCAUGGCUCUACAAGGCCCAGAGGAGCUGGGGGAGCAGGUCGAAGAGCCGGAGGAUCUGGACGACCAGGACGCUAGUAGCAUCUCCCCGGCCGAGGAGAUAACCAUGCCCGGCGGGCCUGGGGGCGACGACGAGCCGGAGGAGGCUCUCCUGCUUCCCUGGGACCGCUUCUCCGCCUGGCUACACUGCAUUUGCGUUGUUGGCUUCGACCUGGAGCUGGGACAGGCAGUGGAGGUUAUCUAUCCUCAUCACUCCAAACUGUCAGAGAAAGAGAAAACAAGCAUCUGCUACCUUUCCUUUCCUGACUCCAACUCAGGUUGCCUUGGCGACACCCAGUUUUGCUUCCGAUUUCGUCAGGGUUCCAACAGGAAGUCAUCGCUUGGCGUCUUCCUUGAAACCACCGACCGGGACGCACCGCCCUGUCUGAAGAGGGAGCAGGGCCAUUACUAUGGUUACGUGUACUUCCGUCAGGUGCGAGACAAAUCCCUGAAGAGAGGAUACUUCCAGAAGUCUCUGGUCCUGAUCAGUAAGCUGCCCUACGUCACCUUCUUCCACUCGCUGCUGAAGAUCAUGGCUCCAGAAUACUUUGAGAAACAGGAACCUUGUCUGGAGGCUGCUUGUAACGACAUGGACCGCUGGCCAACACCCCAUCCUGGAAGAAUACUCACACUUCCGAUUAUGGGCGUGGUCAUCAAGGUUCGCAUCCCGACCUCUUACGACAAACCAGGAACAUCCCAGUUGGUCCAGUCCGCCCAGAGUGACAGUCAGGUGUCCAUCGUGCUCCCAACCAUCCAUGAGGUCGACCUCUUCAGAUGUUUCUACCCGGUCUUCUUCCACAUACAGAUGCUGUGGGAGUUGGUGUUGCUGGGGGAGGCCCUUGUUGUCAUGGCGCCGUCGCCUGCAGAGUCGUCGGAUACCGUGCUCGCAUUGGUCAGCUGCAUCUCUCCUCUGCGUUAUAGCAGUGACUUCCGGCCGUACUUCACCAUCCACGACAGCGAGUUUAAAGAGUACACCACGAGGACGCAGGCUCCGCCGUCAGUCAUUCUAGGAGUGACCAAUCCCUUCUUUGCUAAAACGUUGCAGCACUGGCCGCACAUCAUCCGCAUCGGAGACAUGAAGCAAGCAGGAGAGAUGGCCAAGCAGAUGAAAGUCAAGAAACUGAAGAACCUCAAAACUCUGGACUCUAAACCCGGUGUGUACACUGCAUAUAAGCCAUAUCUUAACAGAGAUGAAGACAUCAUCAAACAGCUUCAGAAGGGUGUUCAACAAAAGAGACCCUCAGCGGCCCAAAACGCAAUUCUUCGACGCUACUUCUUAGAACUGACACAAAGCUUCAUCAUUCCCCUGGAGCGGUACGUGGCGAGUCUGAUGCCGCUCCAGAAGUCCAUCAGUCCCUGGAAGAGUCCUCCUCAACUGAGAGCGUUCAUCUCGCAGGACUUCAUGAAGACGCUGGAGAAAGCUGGACCUCAGCUCACAUCCAGGCUGAAAGGAGACUGGAUAGGACUCUACAGGAAUUUCCUCAAGUCUCCCAACUUUGACGGCUGGUUCCGCAACAGGAGGAGAGAGAUGACCCAGAAACUGGAGGCUCUGCACCUGGAGGCGCUGUGUGAGGAGGAUCUGCAGCAGAGAGUCCAGAUGCACUCGGAGGUGGAGACGGUAGAUCUGGUUCUGAAGCUGAAAGAUAAACUGACUCAGGCGGAGAGGGAGCAGCUCCCUGUGCGUCCGGGGACCGUGGCCAAGCUGAGGGCCCACAUUGAUGCCGUCAUCCUGGCCCUCCCAGAGGACCUGCAGGGCAUCCUCCACAAGCCCUCCACACCCUGACCCUUUCUCAGUGCUCUGCAACUAUAACCCCAGUAUGAGCUUGUUUUAAAGUUUGAGGGGUAGUGGGUCUCUUCCCAAUUGGCUCCCAGGAUCGAUGAAGGGCCCCCCAGGCUACUCUGACCGGGCCCAGUGUGAGGAUCUCAUCUGGUCUUGCAUUGAAAGCACACAGCAAGUUUUUGUUUCCUGAAAUAUACAUUCAACCUUUAGGUUUAUUUACAAAUGUUUCUCUCAAUUUGCUCCCACGGCGGCUCAGUGGGAUUCAGACUGAACCCAUCCCUCACGUCUUGGUGAUCGUGGGGCGUUCAAAUGACCAGCAGGAGGAGGCAGAGGAGCGCCAUAUAAACUCCUCCUUUCAGGAGGUGAAACAAGCAAUACCAGAGCCUCUUCUGCAGCAUGCAGCGUAAUACCAGAGCCUCUUCUGUGUGCAGAAUGAUUUGAAGGUAGGAGCAGGAAGACGAACCCAGCUGACCUUUGACCCUCAGCAUUUUUACCUCUUGAGGUUUUUACUUUUUUAAAUUUGACAAUAGACUGCUGCAGUCCAGUGGAAUUGACUCUUUUCAACCAUUUAAAUAUAACCAAAAGGUUUUUUUUAAAGAAGUGCACUUCAUUGCUCCCUGGUGCAGUGUGCCCUUCACACACACACACACACACACACACACACCACACACACACACACACACACACACACACACACACACACACACACACACACACACAUUUUUACAAACUGAGCUGAGCAGAGCCAAGCAGUGCUUUAUUACAACACACACAGAGCAUUAAGCACCAGCGACCCUGUAAUAACCACAUAUCCAUGCGGUAUAACGAUUAUUGUUUUGUGUUGUCAGCAGCCAAUCACAUCCAUGUAUACCUGUCACAUGAUCUUAUCAGAACUGUCUGAGGGAAACAUUUCAAAUUGUCCUGAGAUGUUCAGAAAUCUUGCCGUGGGUCAUUGCCAUUAGAUGUGUAUUUUUUGGAAAACUGAAUCCAAACUUUUAGUCUUUACAGAAACAAAAGAAAGUAUUUCGCCCGAGUGUAAAACUAUAAAAUCCCAGUUUGCAAAGAAGCUUAUGAAAUGUUUGAGAUAAAAUUAUAAGACAGUUAAAUAUACUAAAUGUAAGACGCUAUGUUUAAUAUUUUGAAUUAUGAGAUGUUAAGUCCGGAUUUUGGAUUUUAAAUUGAAAAGUCAGAAGUUGUAAUUAUUAAGAAAUGUUUUUGUGAAAGUCAAAAUGUUUGUGAAGAGGGAAUUCCAGUCAAGUUGGAGAAAAAGUAAAGAACGCAUACUAAAUUCUCAAUUUCUGGAGCACAUUGCAGGCUUUAUUUUUAUUUUUAAAUAACCAAAACUAAAUAAUUCUGUCAUCAUAAAUGAAGCAUUAUUUAUUUCCAUACAUUAUUCAGAGUGUCAGUCAUCCUCCAUCUCCUAAACUUUCCAGUAAGGAAACAUUCUGGAAAUUGGGGGAAUACACAACAACAAAGAAAACAGGUUAAAAAAAGAAACCGUGACAUAUUUCUGAGUUUAGUAACCAUUAUGGAUUCUUGUGUGCAUUCAACAAACACUACAGCUAGCAUUGUUAAAACUGAGCGUUAUGAUUUGGGCUAAAAGGAUGCUGGUGCCUUACUGUACAGGAGUGAGAGCAACACAUACUUGAUGAAUGAAUCUCACUCGAGUUCCUGUAAAGAUGUCAUGAGCUUGUUUAGCUUAAGCUCAAGGCUCAAUGAUUGUUUUUACUAAAUGAAUUGACUUGCUGAAGAAACGCUUCUGACAAACACUCUGAUCAGGCAUCUUGCUCAGGAUCGUCUAUGUUGCCUUCAGACAAAAACUAUGGUUGAAGUGUGUUAUUUAUUUUGUGGAUAAAACAAGUAACUACACAGAUGCAUUGUUUAAACUUCAAACCUAGAAAGAGAAAGUACAAGUACCCCAACAAAUGAUUGUCUAAUAUAGGAAUAAUAAGCACUGCUGGGUCUUUUACAGCUGCAUGUUUGAAUUAAUAACUACUUAUUAUAUUCCAUUGACAUAGAAACACUUCAGACUACAUUUUUGGAUUCAGUGGUUUCAGAAAAAAUCAAUUCAAUCAUGUUUACAGAACUAUAGUUGAACAAUGACAUAGGUUAAUGUUACUGGCCAUUUAUUAGAAUAAUUGAAUAAGAUCUUGCAGCUGGCUAAAUUGUACACGUCAUGGACAUUCCUGGGCACCUAACAAUGUAAAACAUUAACAAAAAGUAUCUAUAAUGAGAGCAAUAACAGGACAUUUAACUGAAUACGGUUAUUUGUAUUUUCAGAGUGUGAUGACCUAUAAGCAUUUUCUAAAACUGUAAUUAGUGGUCCCACAUGACUGCAAUUACAGUAAGUGUGUGUGUGUGCAUUUCAAAAUACCACUUGUUUCAAAAAUGUUAAAUGGACCUCUUGUGUUUUUUUCCUUUAAGCCUUCAUGCAAAACAUGUUGUAUACAGUAAAUGCUGUCUUGCAGAUAAUUGCUAAGAAAAAUAACUAAAGGAUGUGAUGGUUGAAAAAACCUGUGGCAUCUGGGCAGCCAUGUAAGUUUUAUAUUUGUAAAGAAAACUUUUAUUUUAUUUUAUGGAGGGCUAAUCUCAUAUUCCACAUUACUAAUUGUAGAUAAUUCAGAGUUUUGUACAUGAUGGUGUAAAGUGAAAUGGUGGCCCAGAUCUAUGUACAAUAAUUAUUUUGCUAUUACAACAGAUUAUAAAUAGCGAUGCUCCAUACAAUUGUAAUUCACCUUUCUUAGGCUGAUAAAAACGAUUUUGAGACUCCUUGACAUUCUGAAUUUGUAGUAUUUUCUAGUUAUAAGAUUUUGGCUGAGCCUAAAAUAUUGUGAUUUUAAUCCCAGAAAAAUAUCAGAAAAUUAAGCAAAAUGGUGAUUAUGAUUUACAAUAACUGAUACAGUAGGUUUGAGAUUAAAAUACGAGAUGAGAGCAAAAACACCUAUUAUUUGAUUAGUACGUGAUCUGACAGGCAUGGACUUUGUCCCGAAAAACAGGUGGAAGAAUCCUCAGACCAUUUACCUAAAUGAAGUAUUACUACAACAUUUUACCAUAUUAAAAGUAAAACUACUAAUUACUAAAGCACAGUUGUUUUAUUUCAGUCUUGAACUUUUCCAUUUAACAGCAAUACACAUUUUUUUUUUAUUCCAUGGUAUGACUUCUAUCAAAUUAUUUAGAUUGUUACAUUAAAUAAGACACUACAAAUUCAUAAUGUCAGCGUAAACUAAAUAAGAGCCCAUCAUGUUGCAUAGCUACACAUUUUACUGAAACGUCACUGCUUUUGUUUUUAUUGAAGCCACUACUACUUAACCACUAAGGACCUGAAGGACCACGGUUUUAAUAAAAGUAUUAAUAGUGUUACAUGGAAAUGUAUGAAAUUGCUCUUGUUUUCACAUGAUGGCCUACCUACAGCUUGCUUUGUUUUGUAAGCAUAUUAAAAUAUGUAUCAGUC